UUGACAAAACAGAAAAAGAUUUUAUGGGACUCAUAUGUGACAGACAAGAAAUGCGAUACAAAAUAUAAGGCCUACAGAGAUUGCAAUAACAGGUGUGUUAGUGAAGCAAGAAGACUUAGAAGUCUUUACGAAGCCAAGAUUGUCGAGAGUGGAAACAAACCCUUCUAUGCUCACCUACGCAGUUGCAUGGCUUCUAAAGUUGGUCUGCCGCCUGUGGUACGUGAUGAACUUGGCAAUCUUGUGGUUGAAGGGUCUAAAAUUGCCGAAGCAUUUGCUUGUGAAUUUGAGAAAGCAUACUCAUUGGUACCUGACCUUAAUAAUAUUUCCAUACCUAUACCAAGAGUUAAAAACUCCAUAGAUGACAUCCAUUUCACAUCACAGGAUGUGCUUAUGGUUCUCAAGUCCCUAAAUGUAAACUCUGCUUCUGGGCCUGAUAAUGUCCCUGGAGUAUUUCUCCAAUCAUGCGCUGAAACCAUCUCACCUGUCUUGGUCAAUAUUAUGAAUGAAUCAUAUGCUUCAGGUGAGGUACCAAAAGACCGGAGACAUGCUAUAGUAACACCUGUUUUUAAAAAGGGUGAUAAAUUAGAUCCAGCUAACUACAGGCCAAUCAGCUUAACUAGUAUUGUUUGCAAAUGUAUGGAGAAGAUUAUAUGUAAAAAAGUAAGAAAGUUCCUAGCAGAUGAGAAAAUUAUUCCGGAUAACCAGCAUGGCUUUGUGGAACGGCGCUCGACUACAACUAACCUUCUUUAA